ACUUUUGGACCAUUAGAAGUUUCUAGUAUCCAUUACUGAAUACCAGGAAACCAGCCAUGUAGCAAGAACUACUCAGAUUUUUGCAUGGGACAGCAUUUUUGUUCAUGCGGACUAGGACUCCUUGCAAGAACAUGUUAAUAUUCCCCUAAAUCCCUCAUUUUAAAUAGAGGAAGCAGAGCAAGAAUGUGCUCAAAAUCCAAUUUUAUGAAGUUAUAGGCUGAUUCCUUGGAUUGUAAAAGUAUGACCACAAUCUAUCCAGCUGCUAAAAAGCUAGCAGCAAUGCCAUCAACUGGUGAGUAACCAUAGUUUGUUCCUUGACGUAUGAAGAGCUUAUCAAAUAGCAUUGAGGCUCUCAACUGUGAUGUCAAAGGUACUAUAUUCAAGCACAUUUUUAGAGAAGACAAUAGCCUUGCUGAUGGACUUGCCAAAGCAGCUGUUAUGUGACCAGGUUUUCAUUGCAUACUUGGGAUCACUACCUGAAGGAGAAUACUUUCCAUCAUCUCACCAUUCCAGUAUGCUCCAAGCAGUUCUGAAACAGAGCUCUGUGGCAAAUUACUUAAUCAGAAGUUACAGUAGGAGCUUCAACGGAUUUGCUGCCAAGCUCACUAAUGAAGAGGCAAACAAACUUGCAAGCAUGAAAGGAGUGGUCUCUGUUUUUCCAAGUAAAGUUUAUCACCUUCAAACAACAAGAUCAUGGGAUUUCAUGGGAUUCAAUAAGACUGCUAAACGUAAUCGGGCUGUUGAGAGUAAUGUCAUUGUUGGGGUUAUUGAUACUGGAGUCUGGCCUGAGUCAGAAAGCUUCGGUGAUGAAGGCUUUGGUCCUCCUCCCAAAAAGUGGAAGGGUUCUUGCAAGGGUGGCCAAAAUUUUACUUGUAACAAUAAGCUUAUCGGAGCUCAAUUUUACAACUUAGGAAUACCUGUAGGAGACUCUGUCAGGGAUAUAAUUGGUCAUGGAUCUCAUACCGCGUCUACAGCAGCUGGGAACAAUGUAGAGAAUGCAAGUUUCUUUGGAUUUGCUAAAGGCACUGCGAGAGGAGGGGUUCCUUCUGCAAGGAUUGCCGCAUAUAAAGUAUGCGGCGAGCUAGGAUGUGGUUCAGCGGAGAUCUUGGCAGCUUUCGAUGAUGCUAUUGCUGAUGGAGUUGACCUUAUAACAAUUUCAAUAGGGCCAGGAUUUCCGUCUGAAUUUUACGAGGACACUAUAGCCAUUGGUGCUUUUCAUGCAGCUGAGAAAGGAAUACUUACCGUGCAAGCUGCGGGCAAUAGCGGUACCUCAGGACCACAGUCAGUGUCAAGUGUAGCACCAUGGAUACUUACUGUUGCAGCAAGCAGCACGGAUCGCCGAUUUAUUGACAAGGUUGUUCUAGGGAAUGGCAAGACUUUAAAUGGAUUUUCAAUUCAUCCUUUCAGCUUUAACGGAACCAAGUUUCCUUUAGUUUAUGGGAUAGAAGUAACAUCUGAUUGCGAUGAAAUCAGUGCUGGGAUGUGCCAGAUCGGAUGCCUGAAAAGUAGUUUGGUAAAAGGUAAGCUUGUGCUGUGCGAUGAGUUUUCGGGACAUGAAGAAGCUCGUGAUGCUGGUGCUUUAGGAUCAAUUGUGCCAACGUCACUUGUAAAUGUUUCAUUUGUUGUCCCAUUUCCUACUUCAGCUUUAGAAAAUGACGACUAUGGUUCAGUGAAGUCCUACCUGAAUUCCAUCGAGCAACCUAAAGCGGAAAUACUAAAAAGUGAAACCAUUAAAGAUUCUGCUGCUCCUAUGGUUGCUCCCUUCUCUUCACGGGGCCCUAAUUUCAUCGUACCAGAUAUUCUAAAGCCGGAUAUAAGCGCCCCUGGAGUGGAUAUCUUGGCUGCAUAUUCACCUGUUGCUUCACCUUCAGAUACUCCAACAGACGAGAGGCGAGUUAAAUACAGUUUAAUAUCUGGAACCUCCAUGGCUUGUCCUCAUGCUGCCGGUGUAGCUGCUUAUGUUAAAACAUUUCACCCUGAUUGGUCUCCUUCAGCCAUCAAAUCUGCUAUCAUGACUACCGCUUUGCCAAUGGAUCGGUCCAAUAAUCCAGAUCGUGAAUUUGGUUAUGGAUCUGGACAUGUCAACCCUGUAGAAGCUAUCAAUCCUGGGCUCGUAUAUGAAGCUGUUAAAGGGGACUACAUAAGAUUUUUGUGCAGCAUUGGGUAUGAUGAAGGCAAAGUUAGACAAAUAACAGGAGAUAACAGCUCUUGCCCUGAAACUUCCAAAAAUAUGCUGCCGAGGGAUUUCAAUUAUCCUUCACUCACAGCUGAAGUUCCAACAGGCAAGUCUUUCACGGUCGGUUUUCAUAGAACAGUUACAAAUGUUGGUGUAGCAGGAUCUACUUACAAGGUAAAAGUCUCUUCCAACUCGAAACUUCGGGUCAAAGUGAUUCCUGAAGUUCUGUCCUUCAAGUCCUUAAAGGAGAAGAAGUCUUACAAUGUUACUGUUACGGGAAAAGCUUUGGACGGAUCAUCCAUGUUGUCUACAUCAUUGGUAUGGUCAGAUGGAACUCACAGUGUUAGAAGUCCGAUUGUUGUACACACAUUUGAAGGUUUUGAUAGGGGUGUCAGCAUCCCAUGAUUAUGCAUCCUGUAAAUUUCUGGUAAUUUUUUUUUUUUGAAUAAGUAAGGAUUUUCAUUGAGCAAGACAGGGAGUCCCUGUAAUUUACAAAAGAAUCUGACUUAAGAUAGCGGUCAGUUACAAACCUGGCUUACAAAAAACACAGCCAAAAUAAGGAUCAACCAGUAUAUGGUAUCUUGAGCGGUCCCACAUCUAUUUACAAGCAUCCAAAAUCUUAAACAAACCAGUAAUUAGUGGAAGCAGAGAACUACCGUUACCUUCCUUGCUGACAGGAUCCAGGAAAUCAAAGACCAGACUCCCAAGACAGUAGGAAUCAUUCAGGGGAGAAAUACAAUAAAUCCUCCGAUCUUCCUACCCCAUCUUUGGCAAGGCUGUCAGCUAUUUCAUUACCCGAUAUGGGGAUGAAUUUGAUAUCCCAGCCCAGAAGCUUUGAACUCAUUGACUUAAUUUGAGAAACAAUAUGCCGAAACCUCCAUGGGGUUUCAGAAGGCUUAGAAAUCCAGAGUACUGCAUUUAUGGAGUCAGUUUCCAAGAUAAGACUUUUCUUUGCAGCCCAGGAGGAAGCUAAAAACAAGCCCAUUGCCUUUUUAAUGGCAAAGAUUUCAGCUGAGAUGGCAUCACCACAACCAGCUGAUCUUGAGAAA